CAUUCAGCCAUCGUGAGAUUUCUGUGUAUUGAGCGGUCGUUAGAACGGUCGAAAUGUCUAUAAACGGGUCUUUCCAGGCACAACUUUCUUCAAUUAUGGAGACGCUGACGACAUCUGCCGUUGCAGAGAUUACAAAACUGGUCGAUUACAGUUCUGCCCUUCUAUUCUCUGAGAUAUCCCGACAACGGGGAGAGAACGAUGCUCUUCGGAAGGCAUUGCACUGUAUGCAAAUCGAGUUCAGGACCGAGAGACCAAAGCGGCGCAACCCUUCUGUUGACAUAUCUUUAGAAGUUCAGCUUUGCGACGAGAUCCAGAAUAAUAAAGCGGUGGGGGACCAGUGGUUUCCGGACAAGCAGUUGGCUGUGAGUGAGAGGCACGAAGUGGGAGAAACCAGUGCACCGCAGCGCAGCACAGUGAAGGAGGAGUGUCCUGAUGUGAAACAGAUCAUUUUACAAACAGACCCUGAAGGUGAGGACAGGCCGGAGGAGGUUGUGGAGACUAGUCACCUGGACAGGCCGGAGGAGGUUGUGGAGGCUAGUCACCUGGAGGAAGUAGAGCACAUCAGUGGAGAAGAAAAUGGUUGCCUGUCCCUAGAAAAUGAUUUCCAGGCCAUGGACGAGAACCAGUCGGAGGCGCACCACAGCUCCACCGCAGAGCCCGAGGAAGAAGACACCAGCCAAGGCUUCAGCCAGGAGCUGGAGAUGUGGGUCAAGUCUGAGCCGGGAUCGGAGAGCGACACGGUCAGCUUCACCCCCAGUGACGCAGAAAACAAGAUAGUCGACCACCUCACGGCCAGGGAAAUGCACGCCUGUUCGUACUGCAACAAACUCUUCAACUACUGUAGCCAACUGAUAAUCCACGAGCGGGUUCACACGAGGGAGAGGCCGUUCGUCUGCAAACAGUGCGGCAAGGGUUUCUCCCAGAUCAACAACCUCAAGAAACACCAGCUCUCUCACAGGGGAGGGGAGGGUGAGCACGAGUGUGAGGAGUGUGGCAAGGCGUUCCGUCACGCUCAGAGUCUGAAGAAUCAUAUGGCAGCCGCUCACGGCUUCGGCACGAGGUUGGACUGCGAGACGUGCGGCAAGACGUUUUACAAUAAGAGCGCUCUCAUCGCACACUCGACCAGUCACAGCAGGGCUUUCGGCUGCGAGAUAUGCGGGAAGGCUUUCGGUACGAAGCAGACUCUUAAGACCCACCGGUUUACUCACACGGGGGAGCGUCCGUUCAUCUGCAACUACUGCGGCAAGAGCUUUGCCUACCUCUGUAACCUUAAAACUCACGAGAGGGUUCACACUGGGGAGAAGCCCUUUGGCUGUGAGCGGUGUGGCAGGUGUUUCACUCAGAAACACUGCGUGGAGAAACACCUGUGUAAAGCUUAAGGAGCUAUAGAAAUACAAAGUAACUGCAGCAAACUACCGUUGGCACAAAAUGCUCCAUGGCCGUAACAUUCUAAUCUGCAUUCUGACUAGGAUGUUGUGGUCUUGUAGCCUGGGUACCAGUGUGUUUAGCUAACGUUCCACUCUUUGUGUCAUGUGCCAUAGAGACUGGCCUUUCUUCAAUCUCAGCGUUCAAUAUGCAGCUGGAUUUUGCGAGGAGUUGCUAAUUGGUUGUUGGAAAUAACGUGAUUGUUUGGCAGAGUACAAGGAGUGGUAUGUUAGCUAAACAGACUGGUACGCAGGCUAGUGGUCUUGUGCCAUCAUGGGGGAAAUUCUAAACCUAAAACCAAGUUUGUUGAAUUCUGCGUACUCUAUUGCUAUGUUGAGGAGACUUGAGUGUCUCAAGUAAAGUGUCUACAUGUGUGUGGCACAGAUUGACCUGUGCAUACAUUUAUUAUUUUUUAAAUAAUAUCACAUUGUUAUUUUAGGUAAUUUUAUCACUGUUUAGUUCAAUUUUAGCUGACAUUUAAUUUUUAAGAUUACAAAGUACAUCGACAGUGACUACUACAACUUCUAUCAUUACUGUGGCUGUAACAACAGUGUGAGGGGGUUGACACACCAAGCUUCUAAAUCAAAUCACCCCUUCACAUUCUGAUUGGACAGAAAUAGAUCUCCCCCUGUUUAGUUAAGUUUCUCUCAAAGUUUAUUGGUUGUCACUAGCUUCCACAGCCACAAUGUCAUAAACCCUGCCUGUUUCUACAAUGUAUCUUCUUAAAGUUAGAUUUUAAACCUAACCAAACUGCUAACCUUAUGCCUAACCCUAACCUUAACAU